AUGCAAUUUGCUACUGUUUUAUCGCUCGCUUCCGUGGCCUUGGCCUUGAACUUGGACCAAAUCAGAUUGGUCAACGACGACGAAUUGAUCAUCCAAGACGCUCAAUACGGCUACCCAACCAUUGUCAACUUGGCCCAAGAAGACGCCGAGGUUGAAGGCGGCAAGAAGAAGGAAAAAGCCCCAUCUUCCUCCUCCUCCUACCACUCUUCUGCUUCUGCUUCUUCCUCCUCAGCAUCCAAGAGCCACUCUACAACCGUGUCAAAGUCCUUGUCCACCUCGGUUUCCACCACCACCAAGCACCACUCGACCUCAAAGUCGACCCAGACUUACACCUACUCCAUCACCAAGACCGGCGGUGCUGCUGAGGCCGUCAAUGUCGCCAACGUGGGGGGCUCCUUGUUGUUCGCCUUGGGCUUGCUCUUGUAA